CAGACUUUGGAAACGAAAUGUUUCUUUAAUUUUUCUACACGUUUUGUCGACUCAUGCUAUAAAUUGAAAUUUCUGUGAACCAGUAAUAGAAAAAUAAGAACCACACUCCAGUAGGAUCUUAAGAUUCUGUAUGUAAAGGUAUGCUGGAUCCACUCCUGCAGGUGAAAAAUACAAGAUUUAAAGAGAAAUAUGGAUGAAGUUGAUGCUAGAUCCCCUUCUGAAUCAGAGCACUUGGAGAGCCUUACCGUUGAAGCUAAUCAGAAUGGAACACCGUGUGAUUUUCCAGGUUGUCACCAACAGCUCAAUGACGCAGAAGAUGGCAUUAGACACAAAACAGAGAGUUCUGCACAGCAUGUAUCUCUACUGCUCCACAUAACCAAAGACUCUUGUAAGACUUGUACAUUGCUCAAUGAUGACAAGAGAGCAGAGUUGGCUAAUAUUGAAAACAAUUUCCUUCAAGGAUUAGACAGAAUUGAAAGGCAGAUUGGUAUUGCUAAUGCAAGCUCAGACUUUUCAGAAUCUCACCACAAAACUGUAGCCAUUGAAAACUCUUUUGAAAUAACAAAUGACAAAGUUGAUAUGUUUAACUCUGUCAUGCAGGUGUUUCAGGAUGAGUCAAAAUGGGUCAAAGAUAGACUGGCAAACUUAGAGAGUGGAAUUCAAAAGCAUUUCUUUCAGGUGCUAAAGAAUCUCUUCGUGCAACAUCAACGUACCGACAGGUUCAUCAGACAUCAAGAGGAGUCUAUUAAGAAACUUGAUGAGGAAAUGGAGGAUCACACUCUUACAGUACACAAUGGCGUCAUGAUAUUCCCAAUUGAUAACUUCCAGGCUCGGUUUGAAGCUGCUAAAAUGAGGAAUCCAGCAAGUGUUACAUCUCCUGCUUUUUACUCCAGACGUGGUGGCUACAAGGUCAAAGUGAGAGUCUACCUCAAUGGGGAUGGCCUCGGCUUAGGUACUCACGUUAGCAUUUACAUCAUGAUGUGUAAGAGCAAGUUCGAUGCACUCCUUCCCUGGCCAUUCAACCAAAAACUCACUCUUGGUAUAAUGAACCAGAUGGAUCCAAAGAAGGACUACAUGGAUGCCUUCAGGCCAAACAAAGCGCUCAACACAUGGGGGAAACCUGUUGCAGAGACAAACACACCCACAGGAAUUCCAAAGUUUCUCGGUCUCGAGACGGUGCUUGACCCAAGCCAAGGUUACGUGGUGGAUGACGUGAUGUAUGUGAAAGUUGUUCUCGAGCAGGAACCAAAGACCCCACUGUCUGCAUUCCUGGGGUAUAAAGAAAUAGAAGAGCAAUGAUUGCACAAAGUUCACAUGAUCAUUUCAGCAGAAAUACAGAGAAAGAAUCUCUGUAUCAACUGAAGAUAUGUUUUUGUGUUCCACACUCUCGUAUUAAAACAAUUAUAUCUCAAUGUUAUAUUGUUGUAAUUGUUGUAAUUGUUGUAAUGGGCUUGUAUGCUUUAAAUAUACACACAUGGUGUACACAACAUGAUUUGAAGUAUUUUUUGUACUUUUAUCAGAUUGCCUCAAUUAUUCCAAAUAAUGAGGCAAAUCAGAAAGCUCUAAUACAAUAUAGAAAUCACAAACCUCUGUAAACCAUAUAAACGACAACAGCCAGACAUUGAGGCCAUUAUGCUAUCAUGCUUAACGUGCUUAUCGUUAGGUGGUGGUGAGGUAGUACUUAAAGUCAUAGCAACGCAAUCAACACAAUAACAUUUCAGUGCACUUCAAAGUGUUUUGGUCUCUAGGUUUAACUUAGGCCUAGUUGUUCAAACAAUCCACUUCAUCUAAUGAAGAGGAAAUUUACAACCAGUCAUUAUCAUUUUAUUUCAAAAACAAAACAUUUCCAUUUUUUGACAUUCACAGUUCCUCCUGGACUAGGAUAUAUGUAGAAGUAUGAAUGAGGAUACUGAUUGGGGAUUUCCUUCUUGUAUUUUAUUAAACAG